AUUAACUGGCAGGUUUUCCAGAAAUGGGAGAGAGAAGCAGAAGUGAAGGAAGCUAAGUCAGAAAGGGGGAUAAUGGUGAAACAAGAAGUAGAGGAAGAAGGUAUAGGCAAGAGUGAAAGGCUAAAAAAGGUACGUAGGGCUAAAGAGAGGGCUCUACCUCCUCCAUAUGCUGUCUCCACAACAUCUGCAAAGCCUGCCUCAACACCAUGUUUGCAUAAAGGGGAGACCACCCCCGCAGACUCUGAUGGUGAAGAGGAAACAGAGCUAUUGUAUCCUGACAUCUCCACCCUAUCCUUGGGCCAAACUCCAGAGGACAAAGGCCAGGGUGGCCAUAAACUAACUAUCUCUGAACCCCCUAAGCAGCCUGGGUGCACCAACCCCAGGACAGCAAUGACAACCCCACAACAACAGAACUCCUGGGAGGGGGGAGGAACAGAGGUGUUUGUCUACAGGCCAUGGCAGCCAGAUGAGCUGAAGGAAGUUGCAGGGGAAUUACCUGACCCCCAAAAGGCUGGAGGUGAAAAAAUGGAUAACAGCAAUGCAACAACCCAGGCCAUGUGUGGAGGGAGUGUCCUAACGCAGGGCCCCACAGACAAAGGGGACACGAGCCAGAGGAGAUGUGGCCCUAUGCACCACCGAGAGGACUUGCUGUGCAUUCUCCAGGAUUCCAGGCAGAGCAACCAUAGGAGACAGUGGAGGCAGGUAAAAGCUGCCCUCCCUGAUUCUGCAUCUGACCAACUGCACAACAUCCAGCCAGGAGACUGGGUAGUGGUCAAGGAUCUGAGGAGGAAACACUGGCAUCAACCCCGGUGGAGAGGACCAUAUCAAGUGCUGUUGACAACACCAACCGCUGUCCGGAUAGCUGAGAGGGACACGUGGAUCCAUGCAUCCCAGUGCAAAAUUUUCCCUGAUAAGGAGACAACCUCCCGUUUGGGAAAUGAUUAGAGUUGUGGCUAAAAUUCUCACCAUGAGCGUGAUGGCUGUUGCUUGGUCAUCAUUCCAGCAACAAGAUGAGAGCUGGCAACAAAUGGGGUCCAAAAGGUCCCAUAAAUCAACAACUAUACAGGACUCAGAGGGUAUAAGUGGCAUUGGCAUGUCACCUACGCAGGAUCAGGAGAUCCCAGAAGAAGAUGACAUCCUCAAGAUAAAACAACAGAUGUGCACUCACAUGUAUGCGAGCCCUCCUGUACAGAUGGAUAGGGGUAAUUGGAGGAGGAAUUACACCAGUCUAUGUGAAAAUACCUUUGGAACAAAGUAAUGAUAAUGAAGAAUGUUGUACCAUAGCAGAUUGGGCCCCAGGAAAUCCAUACAGUGAAAGUGAUGAAGAUGAAGUAUUGGUAUAGUCAGAGU